UGCAUAGCAGCUCAAGAAGUUCAUAGACAUGAAAUUCAAUAAUUUCUUCAUAGUAAUCCUCCUGCUAUCCUGCGCUAAUUUCUCUUGGGCCAAGACUUUUACGCGCUGCUCCUUGGCCAGGGCAAUGUAUGCUCUAGGUAUACAAAAAUCGGAAUUGGCUCAAUGGACCUGCAUCGCCAAACAUGAAUCAAAAUAUCGCACCGACAUUAUUGGUCCUGCCAAUUCGAAUGGUUCACACGAUUAUGGGAUUUUCCAAAUCAACGAUCGUUAUUGGUGUCAACCGAAUGGUGGUCAUGCCUCUAAGAAUAAUUGUCAUAUCAACUGUAAUGCUUUGCUAACCGACAACAUUAGAGAAUCGGUUAAGUGUGCCGCUAAGAUUAAGCGUGAACAGGGUUGGAAAGCCUGGAGUGUUUGGAAAUAUUGUAAUGGUAAUUUACCUAGUAUUAAUGAGUGUUUUUAAGAGCAUCGUUGCAGUGUUCGGUUUUUUUGUAAAUUGUUUUGUUUUUUUAAAAUAAAUUGUUCUGAUUUUGAUAAGA